GCGGCGGCCGCGGGACGCGAAGCAUGGCUCAGGGCUCUCCGCCUCCGCUGCGGCGCCUCCUCGCGUUGGGGCUCGCGUUGGCUCUGCUACGCCCCACGGCCGGGGAGCAGGCUACAGGCACUGCUCCCUGUUCUCGCGGCAGCUCCUGGAGCUCGGACCUCGACAAGUGCAUGGACUGCGCUUCGUGCCCAGCGCGACCGCACAGCGACUUCUGCCUGGGCUGUGCUACAGCACCUCCUGCCCCCUUCCCUCUGCUUUGGCCCAUCCUGGGGGGCGCCCUGAGCCUGGCUCUGGUGCUGGGGCUGCUUUCUGGCUUCCUCGUCUGGAGACGGUGCCGCAGGAGAGAGAAGUUUACCACCCCAAUAGAAGAGACUGGUGGAGAGGGCUGCCCAGGCGUGGCGCUGAUCCAGUGACACUGAGCGCCCCCUGCCAGCCCGGGCCGCGCCUACUCAUCAUUCAUUCAUUCAUUCAUUCUGGAGCCAGCCCCUGCCUCCCAGACACAGCCUGAGCCAGGCUCCUCCAACCACAAGGGGGGUGGGGAAGGGAGGUGAAUCACCUCUGAGGCCUGGACCCAGGGUUCAGCGGAGCCUUCCAAGGUGUCUUAUUGCCCUGUCUUUGGCUCCAAGACAGAAAAGGAGCCUGAUGCUGGCUCACACAAACCCGCUGACACUAAGGAACUGCAGCAUUUGCACACGGGGGUCUCCUGAUGCCUUGGGGGGUCAGGCUGACUUGAGGGGCAGGCACAACAUUAGGGCCCACCCACUCAGACGUACUGAUAUUCCACCACAGGUGGUCUCAGCCUGGAGGGCUAGGGACCUGUUCUUAACACUAGGGGCUGGCCCUCUAGGAGGGCUUGCCCCAAGAUACGGACCCCCCAACCUGCAAAAGGGGGAGGACAUAUUUAUUUUGGGGAGAAAGUCUGGAGGGGAGGGAGAACUUAUUAAUAAAAGAAUCUUUAACUUUAAA